AUGUCUGGGUUUCAUGCCUCUCAGUGUGGCUUCUGCACUCCUGGAAUGUGCAUGUCUAUUUUCACUUCCCUUAUCAAUGCUGACAAAUCCAAGAGGCCUGAACCACCAAAGGGGUUCUCAAAACUUAAAGUGUCAGAAGCAAAAAAGGCUUUCUCUGGCAACUUGUGCAGAUGCACUGGUUACCGUCCAAUUGUUGAUGCCUGCAAAAGUUUUGCAUCAGAUGUUGACUUGGAGGAUUUGGGCCUUAAUAUAUUCUGGAAGAAAGGUGAUAGGAACCCAGAUGUUAGUGAAUUGCCAAGUUACACCCUUGGUGGCGGAGUCUGCACCUUCCCAGACUUUCUAAAAACUGAGCUAAAAUCUUCGCUUGAUCAUCUGAAUAAUCCUUGUAUUGCAGCCUCCAGGGAGGGUUGGUAUCAUCCGAGAAGUAUCAAAGAAUAUUAUGAGUUAAUAAAUUCUUGUCUAUUUAGUGACUCAGUCAAAGUGGUUGUUGGGAAUACUAGCAGUGGUGUACCAGGAUACAAGGAUCAAGACCUCUAUAGUAAGUAUAUUGACAUAGGAGGCAUUCCUGAACUUUCAAAUAUUGUAAGGAGGGAGUCUGGCUUUGAAAUUGGAGCAGCUACAUCAAUCUCUAGAACCAUUGAGAUACUUGAGGAAGAAUGUGAAUCUAUAUCCUCUCCAAAUGGGAGUGUGGUUUUCAGAAAACUUGCGAACCAUAUGAGCAAAGUUGCUACACCUUUCGUUCGUAACACAGCUAGUAUUGGAGGAAACAUAGUUUUGGCACAAAGAUUCCCAUUUCCAUCAGAUAUUGCAACCAUACUCCUCGGUGCUGGUGUAACUGUUUGUCUUCAGGUAGUUGCAGAACGGAGACAAAUUACUUUGGAAGAGUUCCUAGAGCAGCCUCCUAUAGAUUCUACUACUUUACUCCUGAGCAUAUUUAUUCCACACUGGAUUCCAGAUUCUGGGACAAACACAAGUUUGUUAUUUGAAACUUACAGAGCAGCGCCUCGUCCUCUUGGCAAUGCUGUUUCAUAUGUAAAUUGUGCUUUCUUGGGGCAUGCUUCUGUGGAUGAACAAUCAGAUAGUCUUGUUUUGAGUAAUCUGCGGUUGGCUUUUGGUGCAUAUGGAACAGAACAUGCUAUUAGAGCAAAGAAGGUGGAGGAAUUCCUUACUGGUAAAUCACUCACUGCAUCGGUUGUACUUGGUGCAAUUCAAUUACUUAGAGAAACGGUUGUACCAAUGGAGGGAACAUCACAUCCUGAAUAUAGAGUCAGUGCAGCUGUUGGAUAUCUCUUCAGUUUCCUAUCUCCGCUUUCUAAAGGCAUCCCAGAGCCUGGAAAGUCUCUGGCCAGUAGUUCUGCUGAUUCAGCAGAUACAGAUGAUGUCUGCAAUCUGCCAUUAUCAACGCGUCGAGAAACAUUUUCCAGUGACGAUUAUAAACCAGUUGGUGAACCGAUUAAGAAGUAUGGUGUUGAACUUCAAGCUUCUGGGGAGGCAGUAUAUGUGGAUGAUAUUCCUGCUCCAAAGAAUUGCCUCUAUGGAGAAUUUAUUUACAGCACACAACCCCUUGCUUAUGUCAAAAGUAUAAAAUUCAAGUCUUCUUUAGCAUCAGAGAAGAUCAUCUCUUUUGUUUCUGCAAAGGAUAUUCCAAGUGGAGGACAAAAUAUUGGAUCAUCCUUCUUGUUUGGUGACGAACCACUAUUUGGUGAUCCGAUUGCUGAGUAUGCUGGUCAAGCUCUUGGCAUUGUGAUUGCAGAAACACAAAGGUAUGCUGACAUGGCAGCCAAGCAGGUUAUUAUUGAAUAUGACACAGAAGAUUUGAGCCCACCGAUCAUAACUGCGGAGCAAGCAGUGGAAAAGAGUAGCUACUUUGAUGUCCCCCCAGAAUUGUAUCCUAAAGAAGUUGGUGAUGUUUCCAAGGGCAUGGCAGCAGCUGAUCACAAGAUCCCAUCAACAGAAGUAAAACUUGCCUCUGAGUACCACUUCUACAUGGAAACACAGACAGCACUAGCAGUUCCAGAUGAGGAUAAAACUUUGGUAGUCUACAGUUCGUCACAGUAUCCUGAACUUGCACAAAGUGUCAUAGCAAGGUGCCUAGGUAUUCCAUUCAGCAAUGUGCGUGUCAUUACAAGAAGGGUUGGAGGAGGCUUCGGUGGAAAGGCAUUCAGAUCAUUCCAAGUUGCAACGGCAGCUGCACUUUGUGCGUACAAGUUACGACGUCCUGUACGAAUGUACCUUAAUCGCAACACUGAUAUGGUUAUGAUUGGUGAUGCUGUAAUUGAGCAUGUUGCGUCUGUCCUGUCCGUGGAUGCUAACAGCGUGAGGGAAAAGAAUUUUCACACCUAUUGUACUCUUCAGUUGUUCUACCCAGACAGUGUGGUGAAGCUUCUCGUAUUACAUUGCAUUCUAUUUUUGAUAGAGCCAAGGGCGGCCCCAGGAAGGGUUUCUGUGCUCAAUGAUGGCUCCAUAGUGGUGGAGGUUGGUGGAAUUGAAAUCGGGCAAGGUCUGUGGACAAAAGUACAGCAGAUGACUGCCUUUGCUCUGGGAAAAUUAUGGCCUGAUGGAGGUGAAAGUCUUCUUGAGAGAGCCUCUAAUGAUAAUGUUAAUUUAUCUGCAAGUGCGUACUGGGUACCUGGCCAAGUAUCUAAUAAGUACCUUAACUAUGGAGCUGGUAUAAGUGAGGUGGAGAUUGAUCUUCUUACAGGAGCCAUUACUUUAAUAAGGGGCGAUCUUGUGUAUGACUGUGGGAGGAGCUUGAACCCUGCAGUAGACUUAGGACAGAUUGAAGGUUCCUUUAUACAGGGAAUUGGUUUUUUCGUAUAUGAAGAGUAUAUUACGAACAGUGAUGGCCUGAUGAUUAGCAACAGCACAUGGGACUACAAGAUCCCAACUGUCGACAUAAUCCCAAAGCAGUUCAAUGCUGAGGUGCUGAACACUGGAUACCAUAAGAACCGUGUGCUUUCUUCAAAAGCUUCUGGUGAACCUGCCUUGGUUCUUGCCUCAUCCGUUCAUUGUGCACUGAGAGAAGCUAUCCGGGCAGCAAGAUUGGAGUUUGCAAUCAGUACUGUAUCUGGACGCUCACCGCUGGAAUUUCAGAUGGAUGUCCCUGCACCAAUGACACUGGUGAAAGAACUGUGUGGUUUAGAUAUUGUGGAGAAGUACUUAGAAUGUCUAUCUACCUGUGAACGUGCGGCUGGGGCGUAA